AGUAGUGUUGUCGCACACGCCAGAGCACGAUGUUGCAAAGAUAUUAUAUUUUUAUCACACGACGACACACUCGCUCUGUCGUGGCUCAACGACUCGCGUUAUUCGAUUAUUAAUGAUGCGCGUGUACGGCGGUGUAGAAGCAGAUGAGAGCGAGGUGCUGAGGUGCGAGAUCGUGGCAAUUGCACGCAACGGGGGUUGAAAAGUUCGCGGUUUACUCUUAAACGAGCACCGAAAAUCACUCCAAUUAUUAUUCCAUUGUUGUCCUACAUCUUGUUUGUUUUUUGUCAUUUUUUUCGUUUGGGCAAUGAGUUACGGUCGAGAGUAAGAGUGAGAGCGGGGUAGUGGGAAAGAGAUAGAAGACCGUGUUAAAGCAGAAAAAAACGGUGUGUAAUAGUGACGGUGGUGGUUAGUGGCUUAGUGAAUAUUUUUUGGUUUUUCUCUCUCCUGUUUUCAACAUUUUCGUUCGUGAGAAUAACACAACUUCAAUGCGAUUCCAAAGGAACAUUGGAUCUUUCGUAAAACAUCACUUGUCAAAAAAAAAUCAGCACGUAAAGAACGUCAACUGUAACUGUCAAUAAAAACGACUUAAAAAGCGUUUUAAUCCAAGGGAAAUUGAAUCAAGUGCCAAAAUGUCGGGUGGUAUUCCGGUUCUACUCAUUACCGCCAACGUUGGCAGUAUUUUCGAAGAUCCUGGCGUUAUGCUGAAAAUAUGGACCGAAGAAUUUUUAUCUACUAUAUCGCGUCUAGACCCUAAAUUUAUAGCUUUACACUGCCAGGAGGUAGGCGGAAAGAAUUACGAGCAAAGUAUGAGGCACGUUGAGGAUUUUGUUAGGCUACUCAUGUCUUCUGAAGAACUCAGGCUUUUCGACAAAGUACGAGUUUAUCUCGAUGAAGAUUUUUCCUCUGCAGAGCACUUUACGGCUCUCGGCAAUUUUUAUUUCGUUCACGAGUCAUUGAAGGACGUAUUGCUUUGGGACUUCAAAGAAUGUUCUUUCGUACCGGUUACCGGAAAGGAGGUACAUUCGGGAAACAUAGAGGAGGUCUCGACCAAGGAAAAGUCCAAAUUUCCACAAGAUUUUUUUCCUGAGUGCAAAUGGUCGAGAAAGGGUUUUUUGCGCACGCGAUGGAGCAUCAGUGGAACUGUUUUCGAUCUCAUAAAUAUACAUUUGUUUCAUGACGCUAGUAACUUUGUCGCAAUGGAAACGUUUCCAUCUGUGUACGGUAAAACACGUAGAAGAGCUUUGGAGCAUACCUUAGACAGGUUUCACAAUGAUCAGUAUGCAAACGUCCCGUAUUUUCUCUUCGGAGAUUUUAAUUUUCGUACAGACACAUCCGGUGUUAUAAAGAAACUUACAGAAGAUACUCACGAAAGCAGGCUGUCGAGUAAGGGUAAUAUUUCUAAAUUACAGUUUCGGAAUACGGACGAAAAUCUAAUACUUACUUUAGGCAAGAAAGAAUUUUCGCACCAUGCGCACCGUCAAGUAUUCGCUGAGAACAGCGGUAAAUGGCUUCGCGAAUACGAUCGAGAACUCGAGGACUUUGAGGGCAGGUUAAUCGAAUUCCCAAUCAAUUUCGUGCCGAGUUAUCCUUUCGAGGAAGACGUUAAUCAAGGAGUGAGCUAUAUGCAAACGAGAGUACCUGCUUGGUGCGAUAGAAUUCUGCUGAGCCCCACAGCAAAAACACUAGUCCAGAACGUAUCAUCCUCGGAAGCGGUGGAGUACGGGAUAAUCGGUCCAACAACUUGCAUGGGUGAUCAUAAGCCAGUCUACUUGAGGGUUAUGCUUGCCUCGGAUGCAGAACCGUUGGAGUUGAAUCACAUUGUGAAAGAAUCAUCAAAGUCAGAGAAUUCAGAGCCAUCGAGUUUGGAGAAGAACGAGGAAUUCUGCAACAACGGCACGGCCACAAUAACUCGUUACAUCCACAUUAAACACGCCGAUGCCUCGGUGAAGAUAUUUCGAGAAACAACAGUCUAAUCAUGUGUGGAUGGAGAAGACAUUGUGCAAAUUCAUCUGAGGAAAAAGUGAAAAGAAGUAGUUAAAAAGAAAUAACGAAAAAUGAUGUUUAGAGCGUACAGAAACGAGAGAAAAAAAAAAGAAAAAAGAAACGAAACGAAUAACAAAUUAUCAGUGUAACCCGUCACAGUGAACAAUUAUUAUCGAUAUUCUAAAUGUCUUCGUGUUCCUAUGAUGCAUUUCAAUUUUUAUUUCGAACAUUUUUUUGUACUUGUGAUUUAAAGAAACUAAGACUUCGCGACCGCCGUACUUAUACGUAUUAAAAAGAAUUUUUGUUCUCUUCACAUGCAAAUAUGUGUGCGCGAUUUACGAAAAACAAGAGAAAACAAAAAAAAAACGAAAACUGAGUUUUUGUUCCGAAUAUAAAAUGACUAACUGGAAAUGGAAACUACGAAAUUUGUAUUGUUCCAUAAAACAGAAUGAAAAAUAGUCUUGUUAAAUUGAAAAUGAUUGAAGUCAAUUUUCACAAAUCCAUUACGAAUUAUUCGAUAACGUGAAUUACAAGGAAUCUUCGUUGUCACGUACGAUGGUGUACAGCCGGAGACGAAUUGCCACCAUUUUUAUUUUUCAAUUACUUUUAGUAGUACUCACAAUCACAUAUAAAUAUUUUCCUUCCAUAUAAGUCUGCGUUUAUCAGCCAUUCCUUACGCGAGUUACGCGACGAAUCAAUUAUCAACGUAAACAAUAGACUGUAUUGUGUUAGAAUAAUAGUUAAAGUAGAAAGAAAAAAGAAAUAAAAACUUUAGUUGUUUUAUCGAAAUCGCAGGAUUGAUUAGACUUGCGUUCCUUCUUUACUAAGAGGGCGGAAUACAUAUACAAAAAUACAAAUAAAAAGGAUUGUUAUUAUACUGCGCUAGUUUUCAUGUAACGACGGAUAAAAUCCUUAAUUACGAGAUUAAUCAUUUUGUCAACCUCAUAAACAGUCAAAUGAAUGUUGUACUUUUAUAAUAUGCGUGUACUUAUAUUUUGUAACGAGAAGAGAUACGUAACGUUAGCGAUGUAUCGGAAGCAUCGCGGUCGAUUUUUUUGACUCGUUAAUGAAGCAAAGUAUUGCAAAAUUAAUCGAAAGCGUAAAGUAAUAAAUGAAAAACAGAAACACAUUAGUUGAUACCAAUAACGAUCGUUAAUUUGCGAGAACAUUAUGUGUAGACACUAGAACGAGAUAUACCUGUUUCAUGUAUUCUUCAGAAUGUGUAGAAAUAAAAUGAUGGCUCUGGCUUUCGACUUAAUCCCAAA